AUGGUCACUGGAGCCGACGGCAAGUUCAUAAGACGCGUCUCUGCGAGCGAGACAUGCCCGAACAUGUCCCAGUUUCACCUCAAAAGCUGUACGAUCUUCUGCUCUCCUUCCCACCUUCAUCGCCACUUUCCUUGGUGCGCAAACAUCAUGGUCUUCAAGUUGGUAGUGCUCGCUGCACUCAUCAGCGCUUCGCUCGUCGCUGCCAACCCUAGCGGCGGUGAUCAAGUCGGCAAUGUUCUCGUUGAACGCGCUCCAGCCGGUCACGAAGAUCUCUGCGCAAAGAAUCCCACGCAUCCCACGUGUCGCGUCCCGCACGACGCAGCGGUAGAUCAAUCGGCAUCCGUGCGCGGCGACGCUUGCGUUGUUGUGCCCUUCUUCUGUCAUCACAAGAUCAGCAAGCGCAGCCUCAUUCAUGUCUGGUGGUGCCACCACUUCCCUGACGCCUGCGUUCACAAGAGAGCUGCAUGGAUUGCACAGGAAAAGCUCUGCAGUCGAUGCCCUCAUUGUGAGGAGUGUAAAUCGCCUCCAGAGUCGAAGACUCUGGAAGAAGCACAGCUCGAGCGCGAUCUCCACGACUGCAUGACCUGGCCGGCUACAUGCAACCAGAAACGCUCACCCACCGUGCCUCCUCUCUGCUCCAAGGGCGGAGGCGGCAUACACGGUUGCCGCGAGGAGUCGACCGAGGCUCGCGACGUCGAACCGGCCGUGCAUGACGAUACCUGUCCCAUCCUCGGUGGCUGCAAGGGCGAGAAGCACCAUGGCAAGCGCGAACCAAACGACGGCUCGUGUGAUCCCACACUUCCUCCUAGCAAAGGUGGCUGCUCUCGUCAUGUCGAUCGCGCUGUCCAGCCAGACGAUGAAAGGCCUCCGCACGACGAUGUAUGCAAUCCCAACAUUCCUCCCAGCCGAGGCGGUUGCCUUCGUCUUGUUGAUCGCAGCGAGAGUCUCUGCGAACCCACUGGAACAGCCUGCACGCUCGACGAUCAGCCUGCCUCGGUCAUCGGCACACUCGUCGAACCGCAUGAUGGCAUGCAGAUCAAGAACUGCAAGUCUGGCGCACUCUCUCUCGAUGUCGAACUCGACAAUAUCCCCGAAUUUGCCGAUACGAUUGCUUUCAACCUUUCCCCCUUCUGGCGUGGCGCUGGCAAGACUCCCAUCUACACAGACAUUGAAUGGUCAAAGUGGACUCAUUUGCCCAUCAACACCGCCAAGCGCUCUUUCAAGGGCUCGCUGCCUCUGCCUGCUCUCUACAGUGGCAAGAACAUGUUCUCGUACACGUUGACCUCGUCAGUUGGCAAAUUGCUUCCUGGUCCCAAGAUCCAGAACCCACCGACGCAGACUGGCGGUGCUCUUACGCUCAUCGCUCGAGCAUGUUGA